GCCUCGAGCAAUUAACGCAGGGAGAUCUCUGAAAAUUAGGGGUCUAUCACGUGACCGCUUUCACACGGUCGCAGCCGCCGGCGGUCGUCCCCUAGCUCUUUUUGACGUCACCACACGCAUAUUCACUCGACAACUAUCCACUCGCACCAUGUCCGGAAAAGAUCAAUACACUGCCUCUGCUGGCAAGUCUGUGUCCCUGUCACAGAAGCUUGACGACCUUCACGCGUUCAUCAAGAAACACAAGACUGUCAUGCUCGUCACUCGAUCGCCUUCUGGCUCUCUUCAUUCGCGAGUCAUGGUGCCAGCGGACAUCACCAAGGACAUGAAAAUCAGGUUCAUCUACGACCGUGACAGCUACAAGGACAAGGAGGUGGAGAAUGACUCUCACGUCAAUGUCGCGAUCAACGGCAUGGAGGGCAACGAUGGAUGGGCCUCCAUUUCUGGCAAGGCUGGUCGUGUCGAAGAAGAAGGUCUCAUUGCCAAACUCUACAACCCCACGUUGAAAGCAUGGUUCGGUGACAAGGGCGAUGGUGUUCACACGGGAGGCCCAGAGGAUCCUCGAAUGGCCAUCAUCGAAGUCAAGCCUGAUGAGAUUCGACACUAUCAUCAGACGCGAUCAUCGAUCGGAACCGCAGUGGAUGUGGUCGCCAGUGCCAUUUCUGGAUCGACAGCCACUCCAGGAGAGGUCCGAACGAUUACUUCGGAUGAGCUUGCCAGUGUUUAAGAGAGAGAGAGAGAAUGACUAUGCAUAAGACCGUUGAGCCAA